AUGGCAUCCCUGAGACACAGCAGGAUACACUUGACACCCAGAGACAGCCAUCCAGUGAGGAAGAGGCUACCUGGCAGCAGAAGAAGCGGGUCCGUAUCCAAGAAGGAAAUCCCUGAGUACCGCUGGACAGAUGAGGGGGAGAGGGGGUUGGCUGACCUCAUCAAGGAAUACCCCCAGCUGUAUGACAAGAAGCAAAAGGAGUGGCUUAACGUGGCGACCAAGAACAGCCUGUGGAACCGAGUCGGAGAGCAGCUGAAUCCCCCUGCCACUGGUCCCCAAUGCAAGAAGCACUACGAGAACAUGCGCACCAGGGUGGGGAAGAUCUUGAAGAAGGAGAAGAAGAGUGGGGCAAGCCAGCCUGAGAGGAGUGCCCGUGACGACGAGAUCAUGGAGACUUGGAGUUUCUUAACACAGCACAUCGUUCGGGGAAAGACAGUCCCCAGUGAGCAGUUUGCUGUCCCCGAGUCAGCCACAGUGACGAGCAGCGACGAUGAGGAUAAUGAUGUCCAGUCUACAGGGUCCCAGAGCCAGGCAUUUACUACAACAGGCAAGGGCAAGGGGAAGCGGUCCAGGCCCCCAACAACAGAGACAGCCACCACAACCGCCGUCACUACCACCACAUCGGGGGUCACCCACAUUGACCUCAGUGAAGCUGUCAGGCAGAUCCUCUCCAAAGCAGACUCCCAGGGCGCCAGCCACUCCUACACCGGCCACCAGAAGAUCGUCCAUGAUUUCGUGUGCCUGCUGGAAGGGCACAUGCAGGGCAUCCCGGAGGAAUCCUGGCACGAGUUCCAGAUUGACUGCCUCAACCUGGUCCACCGUUACAGGCAGCGGCGUCCGCUCUUCCAGCAAUCACAGCAACAACCACCCAUGGUCUGGCAAGGCCCACAGCAGCAGCAACCCUGGCAGCCCCUUCAGCAGCAGCAGUUCUGGCACCCCCCUCAACCGGCCACCUGGCAGGCACCGCCACAGCAGCAGCAGCAGCAGCAGCAACCUCCAGCAAGUCAGCCAGCACCUCAACCCUUGUUGCCGCCCCAGCCACCACUGGCCUCCCAGUCUUCAGGCCAGUCGUCCUGGACACGGACCACUGAGUGGGAACCACGGAUGCCACCUGCCCCAUCAGCGACUCUUGUCCAGUCGCCAUCACCAACCCCUUUAGUGUCGCCGUCAGUCAUCUUAAAGACACCUGUGACAUCACCCAGCUUCCUGGCCUGA